AUGCCAGUUAUUCACAUGAAUAAAGUUGAUCUAAAAAUCCUAAAACAAGUCCUCUCUAAAUACCCCUAUCACUUUUAUGCUUACGGAUCUAGAGUAAAAGGAACGGCGAGAAAAUAUUCUGAUUUAGAUCUUUGUUAUUAUGAUAUUCCUGAUUUAACGGUUGGUGAUAUUCGUGAAGAUGAUUUAGUAGAUUUUUUUCAAGACUUGCAAAAACGGGGAUUAAUUGCUAAUUCUGCUAACUUAGAUAAUUUUUAUCAGUUAAAAUCCGAAGAAAAAGUAGUUUAUUUAGGAAUUGAUUGCACGGCGGAAAGUUUACAUAUCGGGCAUUUAUUUUUACUAAUUCAAACAAUUAGGUUUGCUCACCAAGGAUUUCAAGUUCUUUUAGUGUUAGGGGGAGCCACUAGUAAAAUUGGGGAUCCGAGCGAUAAAGUAAAGGAGCGGACCCAGUUAGAAGUUAAAAAAUUGGUUGAAUAUCAAACUAAAAUCAAAGAGCAACUCCAAAAAAUAUUAUUUACUUCUCGGCAGAUUAAAAAGCCUCAAUUUGCUCCUUUAGAGCAGUUUUAUGGAGAGGACCCAAAAUUAUUAGAUAAAAAUAAAUUUCAAAUUCUUAAUAAUCAGGAUUGGUUAGAAAAAGUAAAUUUUGUAGAGUUUAUUGACCAAGUAGGACGCAAUAUUACGUUUAGUUAUUCCCUUUUACAAGCUUACGAUUUUUAUUACCUUUACCAAACUUAUAAUUGUCAUGGCCAAUUAGGAGGAAGUGAUCAAUGGGGAAAUUUAACCACGGGAUUAAAAUUAAUUCGGGGAUUUUUUCCGGAAAGUAAAAAUUUUGCUUUUAAUUUUCCCUUGUUGGUUGAUAAAGAAGGGAAAAAAUUUUCCAAAAGCGAGAGUGGGCAAAAAAUGUUGUGGUUAAAUAGUGAAAAAAACCAAUUUUAUGAUUUUUUUCGGAAUAUGCCCGAUGAGCAAGUCAAAGUAUAUAUAAAACAGUUCACUUUUCUAAGUGAAGAUCAGAUUAAUGAGUUGUUAAAAUUAAACAAUCCGCCUAAAUUAAGGAUUUUACAAAGGGUUUUAUAUGAAAAAGAGGGCAUUAAAAAAGGUGGAGGUGCGGCUACUUUUAAUGACGAUUUUUUUAAAGAUACUGUUACCUAUAAACAAGCAACUACUGUGGUUAAUGAGAUUACAAAAGGCCUUAAAGGGGUAGGUGCUGUUACUACUGCUGGGGUGACUCCUGCGAUGCUUGAUACAGCGGCUACUCACCACUCAGUUAUUUCAGCUUAUACUAACCUAGGAGCUACCCAUGCUACUGCAAAUAGCGUUUUAGCAGCACUUGAUGCUGCAUAUGUUGCUAAUACGGCACCUACUGUUGUUAAUGGUGCUGCUUGGAGAAAUUUAAUAAACGGCGUGGCUAAUUUUGCUGGUCCUGAUGGUGCUGGUGAUAAUGCUUUUAGAAAAGCAACUACUUUGGCGGAUAUGGAAACAGCUUUUAGGGCUUCUACGGCGGCUACUGGUGGUGAUGUGGCAGGAGCGAUAACUGCAGGUGGUGGUGAUGUUACUGUUGCUGGUUCUUUUAGUGCUUCUAUUCAAAAUGCUUUUGCUCACCACUCAGUUAUUUCGGCUUAUACUAAUGUUGGUGCCCAUACUGGUCCAGCUAAUGGUACUAUUUUAGGUGAAGUAAAGAACUAUAUAACUACUUUAAAUGGUGGUCUUUCCAAAGACAUUUUGGCUAUUGGGACAGGUGAUGCUGAUGGUGAAAUUGACAAUGCUUUUGCUCACCACUCAGUUAUUUCAGCUUAUACUAACCUAGGAGCUACCCAUGCUACUGCAAAUAGC